AUGGCAUCGAAAUCUUCAUAUUCUACAUAUCAGGAAAUAAAGUCACCCACUGAUCAUACCUACAAACUUCUUCAACUUACACCUGAUCUUUUAGACUAUAUCAAGUCUAAUGAGCAUGGUGAAUUACUUUUAAAGUCACCGCCAAUUCUGAAAAAUCACAUAGUCUUAGUAACGGAUAAUAAAACAUGGAAAAUGAGACAAAUGAAUCAUUCUAAUAGUGUCCUUUUGUUAAAUAAUAUGAAGAUAAAUAAAUUGAAUAAAACCUUAGAACAUAUUAUACCAGUUGAGGAACCUACUAAUCAACUAUUGGGGAUUGCAAAUCUCGCAUACGAAUAUGAACUUUCUAAAAUUCCAGGCUAUAUAGAAAUAGGCAAUUUACCUACCUAUGAUGGUAAUUUUGAAGUUGCGAAUGAAAUUGACUCCAGUCGUAACGUUGAAGCUUUAAUGAACGACUCUCCAAUCUCCAGGGAAGAGUUCUACAAGGAAUGGUAUACCUUGUGUGGGUGUGAGAUUGAAGGAAAAGCAGUUAUACUAUCCAAAGAAUUCAUAACCGACGGCUUGCAAUUAUUAAUUCCCAUAUUAAUUACUAAGGAUAUAGAUUAUAAAAGUGAUGCCUUUAACAUAAACAUAUCUGAUAUUUCCAAAGAGAUGCGCCAGCAAAACAGGCUAUACACUCAAGAGGUAACUAUUACAAUUCUUCACAAGUUCUGCAUUAAACAUCAUGAAUCUAGUAUGUUCAAGCUAAAUAAUCUUGCAGUGGCUAAAUGGUUUGGAAUUCAAACACUAUUUAGUACGAAUGCCAACCUUAUUUCCCCUAAGGAUUUCUUAUUAAAAUGGAAGUCAUCUUUUCCUCCAUUCUACAAUGUCCCAAUAGAUCUAUCCCAAAUGAGAGGUUAUUAUUGCCGUCCACUCAAUGAACAGAUUCAAUUCUUAAACCCGUCAACUUUAACACCUGGUGAUAUGAGUAUCAGGGUUAAAGAGCUAUUUCAAAUAGUAAAAGAAUGGGAGUAUGAAGAGUUUCUUCCAUUUAUCGAGGAGUUUAUUCCAAAAGGUAAAAAGCCCGAGUCAAUUGUACUAAAAUAUGCUAAAAAGAAGAGAGUUGGCAAGAAUAGAUUUAUGAUUUGUCCCAGAUAA